CGAGGGAGGGAGGAAGCAGAGGGGGAAAAAAGAAAGUAUGUAAUGUGAAAGGGGAAGGUCAGAAAGAAUGUAAGAGAAUCAUGUGCCAGGAGUGCUACACCUCUCGAUCCGCGUUUUUCUUCUCUUUGACAUAGCUGUGCUACCAGAUUGUGGGUUUUUUUCUGUCCCCCCCCCCUUUUUUUUUCUUUUUGCGCCCCCCACCUUUUCCUCUCUCUCGCUGCGUCUCGCUGUGACUUUCAACAAAAGGCUGACGGAGCGAGCCUGACGUCUGAAUGAAUAGCCCAAACCUGCUGUAAAGGGAGAAAAAAGGAGGAGAGACGGAGCUGACGGAGAGGAGGCUGAGGAGAAACAGAUACAAGUGAUCCAGCUGAAAGGGAAAAAGACAAGAGCGCAGACAAGUGCCGAUUGCUGGCUGGAGACAAAAAAAUCCUUUAAUUUCUCUCCUUCUCUCUGGAGAUUAAAAGAGUUUAAGGAUCCCUUUUGACUGCAAAGCAAGGAGCGGAGACAGUGGCCAUCGUCUCUCUUCUGCUGUCCCUCCCCUUCACCCGCUGCCCUCCUGUGCCACCAUCCAUUUUUCUUUCCCUCAAGAGUACCAGUCAUCCGAGAAAUGGAACUUCUUGGGGUGAGGUGACGAAGGAGGACAGAUUUGGAAACAAGCAGCGGGAGAGCAAGACAGGCACAGGAGGACAGAAGGAGGCUGGAGGAGGAGGAGGCAAAAGAAGCAGAGAGGAGAAUAACCCCAGGGCAUACUGUGUGAGGGAACACAACGACGCCCAAAUCUGCUUUCUGUCCUUCACCUCUAGAUUUCCUUCUGCCAUGUGCAUUACCUGAUUUGGAGAAUGUGGAGACAGCAUUUCCCAGGUAUCCGUCCCCAGAUUAUGAAUGGGCCUAUGCACCCACGCCCCCUGGUGGCGCUGCUGGAUGGGCGCGACUGCACCGUGGAGAUGCCCAUCCUCAAAGACCUGGCCACUGUGGCUUUCUGUGACGCCCAGUCCACACAGGAGAUACAUGAAAAGGUGCUGAACGAGGCGGUGGGGGCCAUGAUGUACCACACCAUCACCUUGACUAGAGAAGACCUGGAGAAGUUCAAGGCACUGCGCAUCAUCAUACGCAUAGGCAGCGGCCAUGACAAUAUCGACAUUAAGGCUGCCGGCGAGCUGGGCAUUGCAGUGUGUAACAUUCCCUCCGCGGCUGUAGAAGAGACGGCAGACUCAACGCUUUGUCACAUCCUUAAUCUUUACCGGCGAAACACCUGGCUGUACCAGGCUCUCCGGGAGGGCACGCGGGUCCAAAGCGUAGAGCAGAUCCGGGAGGUGGCGUCCGGAGCGGCCAGGAUCCGAGGCGAGACGCUUGGCCUCAUCGGAUUUGGGCGUACUGGCCAGGCAGUGGCCAUGCGGGCCAAGGCGUUCGGCUUCAACGUGAUCUUCUACGACCCUUACCUGCAGGACGGCUUGGAGCGUUCGCUUGGUGUCCAGCGGGUCUACACCCUGCAGGAUCUUUUGUACCAGAGUGACUGCGUGUCCCUGCACUGCAAUCUGAACGAACACAACCACCACCUCAUCAACGACUUCACCAUCAAACAGAUGCGCCAAGGUGCUUUCCUGGUCAACACGGCCCGGGGAGGACUGGUGGAUGAGAAAGCUCUGGCUCAGGCCCUGAAAGAAGGCAGGAUACGCGGCGCCGCAAUGGAUGUCCACGAGUCGGAGCCUUUCAGUUUUUCCCAGGGCCCUCUCAAAGACGCCCCCAACUUGAUCUGCACCCCCCACACCGCCUGGUACAGCGAGCAGGCGUCGCUGGAGAUGAGGGAGGCCGCCGCCACGGAAAUUCGCAGAGCCAUCACCGGCCGCAUCCCAGACAGCCUGCGAAACUGUGUUAAUAAAGAGUUCUUCGUGACCACGGCGCCAUGGGGAAUGAUGGAGCAACAGCAGCCUCAGGUUCACCCUGAGAUCAACGGCGCUGCCUACAGGUUUCCUCCUGGCGUGAUGGGGGUUGCACCGGGUGGGAUAAUCGGACCGAUGGAAGGAUUGGUGCCUGGGGGGCUGCCCAUCGCACACACCCUCCCCCCGGGCACCCAUCCGUCACAGGCAGCCUCCCCGCACCAACCCUCCAAACACGGCGACCCCAUGAGAGAGCACAUGACUGAGCCGUAACGAGGCCGCCGAAGGAGUCGAUGUGGGUCAUGAACGCAGUGUAAAAUCAAAGGAUCCGACCGAGUCGACCCGUCAAAACUAAAGCUUGACUUUACAGCCGUCUGGACCUACCAGCAAACUGCCUGCCGGGCGAUGUGUUACACACUCUGUUUUUAUAUGGAAGCAUUAAACCCAAGUGAGGACAGUGGAUAACGGUGCACGCCUGAGCUGCCACACCCAGAUGGGACUGAGCUGUCAAAAUCCUGCACAGAAGAUCCCAAAUCUCUCCCUGUUUCAGUUCUCAUUUUACUCCUCACUGAACUAAGGGAAGGUUUUCUUUACUAUUCCAUAUAUUCAUCGGAUUCAUCCGACUUCUGCCACUUGUUAGCAGGAGCUAAAGGCUCCCCAUCAUCCCUGGUUUAAAAGACGACACUGUCAAGCCUGAUCUUUCCAUUUAGUUUCCCCCUCAUGUCUGCACAAACGUGUCUGGUGUUAGUUUUAUUUUUUGUUUGUUUUUUUUUACUCAAUUUGAUUUUUUGUCUGUGCUUCUGUUGAAAACCGGUAUCUGUUUUUUCUCUGUUGUUCAGUGUGUGGAAAUGAAAGGGUUUACCGUCAGACAAGAAGGAUCUGGAGUCUCUUAGAUCCGAGCUCUUUAUUUUUGCCCGUUUCUGUCUGAUGGGUGGUGCCCCCAGAAUGUAAAGACAAGAUAGGAGAAAGAUGAUCUGUAAGGGUAAGAAUAACCCUUUUAAACCAAAAAUAAAAAAAAAAUUGGGGAAAAUGAAUUAAAUUGAGCACUAAUAUUUAAGGUCCCUCUGAUAUUUGCUUGUUAUGAACAAAAUAUGAUCUGUUUGCAUCCAAAGGACCUGAUUUGCAUGGCAGCGACGCACUUGUGAGAUAUGAAUAUGUCGGGGUGGGAGGGGAAUAGAAAAAGGAAAUGACUUACUCAGGAAAAACUAAAACAUUAAAUCUGAACAGAACAGGAAGAAACUCUGGAUUACUGCAUUUCCUUUCCCAUUGUGGUAUUUUUUUUAUAAAUCAAACGUACCUGUUUUUUUUUUUUUUUGAUGUUGAAGGUUGUCACUCUUGUUAGAUUUGUAUUGCCUUGUUAAAUGUUCAUAUAAGUGUAGUCUGACGUGGCUGACCCCGCCCUCGCCUGCCCCUCUUAUAGUUCUUAUGUUUUCCCUGCUGUGACGAGAGCCAGAUGGGGUUCCCAGAGGCUCUGUGAACAAACAGCGGCCACAUCCAUCCAUCCCUUCAACACCAAGACUUUAGCAAGACGUGGCUGCUAGCAGAUUGUUUGGUUUUUAGUGUGAGUAUUUGUAUUUGUUUCUUGUAUAAGGUGAACAUAUAGCAUACAGUGCAGCUGGAACCAAUAAAUGAAACUUACUGUUCUGAUUCAUGAUUGGGAUUUCUUCUUUUUUCUAUGGCACAAUGAUUCACCUGAUACUU